AUGGGACUCAAAGACCCUGCAAAGGAGACUGUGGCUACAAGUCCGCAUGAUGAUAGUAGCGAUGGUGAUAGCUUGGAGUAUAUCCACGAGGUGGGUGGCAAUACAACCAAGGCUACAUACCAGGAGGCAUCGGGGGCUCCAGUCGAGGUCAACUCCCCAUUGGGAUACUCGGUAGGUUGGGUGACGGUUAUCUUUCUCAAUUUGAGUAAGAUGAUAGGGACCGGUGUGUUUUCAACCCCAUCCAAUGUCGUCAAGGGAGCUGGCUCCGUGGGCCUCGCGUUGUUCUAUUGGGUCAUUGGAUACUUGAUGGCAUCCAGCUCUUUGUCUGUCUAUAUGGAAUUUGCAUCGUGCUUCCCUAGCAGAUCUGGCUCGGAGGUGGUGUACUUGGAACAGUCGUACCCGCGGCCAAAAUACUUUUUCCCGACUGUGUUCGCGAUGCAGACUGUGCUGUUCUCGUUCAGCAGUAGCAAUGCCGUUGUCUUGGCACAGUAUCUCUUCAAACUGGCGGACUCAGAAGCAACACCCUGGAAACUGAAGGGGGUGGCUGUGGCUUCUUAUACAGUUGCCGUACUAGUUCUGGCUUUCAAUACCAGAUGGUCUCUCAGAUUGGCUAAUGCCAUCGGGCUUGUCAAACUUAUCACGUUGGUAUUCAUUGGAAUCACUGGACUUGUUGUUCUUGGGGGCCACACCUCAGUGGAAGACCCCAAGGCCAAUUUCCGAAAUGCUUUCGACGGCACCGGGGCAGCUACAGUGUACGGAACAACCAAUGCCUUGACCAAGGUCUGGUUUUCGUACGCAGGUUACGAAAAUGCCUUCAAUGUGGUCAAUGAAGUCCACAACCCUACUCGGACCUUGAGGUGGAGUGCGCCGUUGUCGUUGGGGGUCACAGCGACUCUAUACGUUCUGGCCAACAUCGCCUAUUUCAGCGCCGCGAGCAAAGAAGAAGUCAUUGCGUCGAAAGUCGUGGCGGCCGGUCUCUUCUUUGAAAAGGUCUUUGGAACCAGCGGUGCAGCUUCUGCGUUGAACUUCCUGAUCUGUUUGAGCGCAUUUGGAAACCUGCUCGCUGUGCUCAUCGGCCAGUCGCGUAUGCUGAGAGAAUGUGGAAGACAAGGCGUGUUGCCAUUCACCUCGUUCUGGACUUCCACCAAGCCUUUUGGAACCCCUCUGGGCCCCUACCUGGUGAAAUGGGGAUUUACACUAUUGAUGAUUCUCGCACCUCCCGCGGGUGAUGCAUUCAACUUCAUUGUGGACCUCGGUGUCUACCCAGCAUCCUUCUUCGGUUUGCUGCUGACCAUCGGGUUGGUGGUCACUCGAAUCCGUCGCAAGCGUCUUCAGCUACCAGCCCCUGACUAUCAGGCUUGGCCUGUCACCAUCGCAUUCGCGAUUCUCUCCCACCUGUACAUGGUCAUCAUGCCGUGGUACCCACCCAGUACAGGGUCUACUGGUGGGGAUGUGAGCUUUUGGUAUGCGACAUACUGCGCAGUGGCUCUGGGAAUCAUCGCUGUCUGUGGUGUCUACUACUAUGUCUGGAUCAAGCUUCUCCCCCGGCUCCAAGGGUUCAAAUGGCAACAGACAGUUCUGGAAUUGGAGGAUGGUGCAACGGCUCACCGGCUGGUCCGAGUUAAGCAGGAUUAA